GUUCUCGAUUGGAAAGGUCUGCCGAGAGAGUUCCUUUCAGAAGGCAAAUAGGCGAAGCGGGAGCAAUAAACUCUCGCUCGGAAAUGAAAGAAGGCAGGAAGCCCUCUGAAGCGAGAAAGCUUUGGUGGCUUCAGGUCGGAAAAUAACUUUUAAAAAAAUCAUUGAUCGUGUCAGCUGCAUUUCAUUUUCUUCCGACUAGACGUGGGUGUAUCUGACUUCUAUUACAACUUUCAGGAGCCUCCAGUGUAAGAUCAUUGAACUUGAUUGUCCGGAGUGCCAGGAACUCAGCUGUCAUCCCCAGUUUUGGGCUCUUGCAACAAUGCCAGAAGGCCCUUCUGUAAAGAGGUUCCAGCUUCUGUGUUCUCCCUAUGUAGGGAAGAUGGUAUCUAAGGUGGGAGGAACCACUAGACAGAUCAAUCCAGAUGAUCUGAAAACACUGACACUGUGGGAUAUCCAAGUCCAUGGGAAGAAUUUGUUUUUGGCUUUUGGCACCAAAGAGAAAUUAAAGCCCAGCCAUGACAGCAUAUCCUUGGAUUUAUCUGAACAAAGACUGGAAAUGUCUGGAAGCAGUUCCUUUCUCCAGGGCCAGAAAGAAAAUGAAGUUGAAAUAUGCAAUCCUGAAUGCUAUCAACAAGAAGAGUCAGCAAGCCGGUUGGCAUCUGAUAUGGAUAAUAAUAAUGGGCAGAGUUGGAAAUGGCUCCGCUUCCACUUUGGCCUGUACGGAACCAUACGAGCCAAUGAGUUUGCAAGGGCGAAUAAAGCAAACAAAAGGGGUGACUGGAAAGAUCCAAUUCCCAGGCUGGUUCUCCAUUUUGAUGCUGGGAACUUUCUGGUAUUUUAUAACUGCCGCAUUCAGCAAUGCUCUUCUCCUAGCACUGAUCCAGCAACUGACAUCCUGAGCCCGGAGUUUGACCGGGAGCGGGCUUUGGAAGUCCUUGCAAAGGAUACUCCUGUGUGCUACAUGCUCCUCAACCAAAGUUAUUUCUCAGGAAUAGGAAAUAUUAUUAAAAAUGAGGCCCUGUAUUUAGCAAAGAUCCAUCCACUGUCCCUUGGCUCCUCUUUGGAAUCCACAGAUCUCAAAUCUUUGCUUGAUCAUAUUGUCCAGUUCAGCUUGGCGUGGCUCCACAACCAGCUGGGAAGACAAAGAUUGCCGCUACAGAUUUACAUGAAAGAUAAAUGCCCCAAAGGGCAUGAGGUGAAGAAGGAAACAUUUGGACCACCGGAUGGGUUGAAAAGGCUUACGUGGUGGUGUCCAAAAUGCCAGCCUCGCGUUCCACCUGAAGAGAUGGAUAGGCCUCUUGUACAAGGCACCUAAUUUGCACAAUCUCUUUGGUUGUAUAAUUCCGAGAGAUAAUGUGAAAAUCAGGGAACAAGUGUAUGAUUCAAAAGAGAAUGUGCAAAUACAUGUGUCCCUUAAAGGGAUUUAAGAUUUGCAAUUACAUACAGUGUGGAUUGAGCCAUCACCUUCCACAGUCCAAUUAGCCACUUAUGUAGUUCCUGGAGAGUUGUGGUUAAUGAAAAUGAUUCAAGAUCUACAAAUGCAGCAUGCAAGAUGAAGCUUGCUACCAAUGAUGAAGCUAUUUGGAGGGAAGGGGGAAUGGUUCCCGUUUACCUAUAUGCUCUCUAUGCUUGGACCAUUCUUGUCUUGGAUUUACACAAGGUCAAACAUUUAUUUCAGAUUCUCAUUCCAAUAUUCUUUUAUUAUAGGAAUGACUCAUGUCAAAACAAUUCUUUAUAAUCACCAUUGUAAUUACUUAAGACUUUGCAUCCUAUUUAAUUAUCUGGGGUAGUAUUAAGGAUCAAAGCUAUACAAAUUAGUUUUGAUUUGUAAAUGAGGAAUCCAUUUAUGGUUAACCUGAAAUGUUGGUAAGCCAUGAAAACAAAAGCAUGGGAGUUGGCUGUGAGGAAUUAGGUGCAACCCUAUUCUAGAAUUUGAAUGUGUUUAAGGUUAAGAUCAAACAAACCAAAUAUUUGAAGUUACUAAUAACAGAGAUGGUAUUUUGAAAGCUCCACUUUCUCAGUUACUCAAUUUAUAUCUUGAUAUAGUAGGGAGAAGAGGCUUAGAAUUUUGUUUAUUUGAAAGCUGAGUAUAUGGAAGCUCCUGAAUUUCAUUAAAAUAUGACUUGUUGGUUUGAAUGAAACAU